CUCAAGUUCUCAGACCCUGGCGUCUCGCCCACGCCCAUGUUCCCACAACAACAAGCCAAGGGCACGCCCCACCGGUGUCCGUCCCACCAAUCAGACUCCUCCACUCCCUCGGCUGUGUUUCCGUGGGAACAGGACGACCAAAAGCCUUCCACCAGGGGACGACUCGAUCCUCCUCCAUAUCUCCCUCUCCCCUCCAGCAAUGUCAUCAGACGAGGACAGGAUGCUGGGGGUUGUGGGAUGGUGGAGGACCUCGGGAGAGAGACAGACCUGUCCAGGUGUGUAGCCGAGCUGCAGGGGCGUAUGCGUGGCCUACAAGGGGAGAUGAAGGCUGAGUGUGAGCGGUUCAGACAGUCCCAGGAUGCUCUAGCCAACGCCAGGAGAGACCUGACCACCAGAGAACAGAGUCUACAGAGGAUGAACUGAGCCUCGCUCACAUGCGCAUCUCACAGGGGAGUGAUCGGGCCCAGUCGUUGGAGCAGCGUGUGAAGCAGCUGCAGGAGGAACUGAAGUGUCAGAGACAGAACACAGCCGCCUGCAGCACCAGCAACGCACCAGAGACCUGGACAACCAACACCAGAGGGUAACUGCAUGUGGCGUGGCUGAUUCAUCAGACGGAUGUUUACGACAGGACCUGUCCUUUAGAUAGAGAGGGAGAUAGAGACCCUGUUUGUUGCUUUCCCGUGUCUACUCCCCUCCCACCCUUCCCUUUUCUCAAGACUCCCUUUAUCAACUUCCUUUUAUAUGUGAUCUUCUCAUAGUCCUCCCCGGUCCCCACCUUUUCCUUAGUGAGUACUUCCUUCCUGUCUCUCUACCAGCUGACCCCUCAGAAGCAGGCGUUGGAGAGGGGUACAGACGCUUUGAAAGAGAAAGUCAAAUGGACUGAGGGUGAACUGAAGGAGAGCCAGAAGAAAGAGGCCCAAACACAAACCAAACUAACGGAGUCACUGUGUGAGAGGGAGGGGCUGAAUGUAACACUGGAGCAGAACAGGAGGAGAGAGACAGGACUGGAGGAGGAGGUGAAGAAGCUGGCUGAGGAGCUGGCAGAGGCCCUCAGAUGCAUCAAAGAACUAGAAGACCAGAAGACGGUCCAACCCACUGCUGCUCCAAUGGCUCCAGUCCCGUUUAGCCCUGCCGGUCAGAGCUUUGCCCCGGUCUCACAACCACGACAUGGCCACACCACCCCACGCACACCCUCGGCUCAGACCAACAGACCUGCUAGAGGGGAACAAGCGAGGGAGGAGCGAGAGGAGAGAGGGAACGAGGGACAGAGAGCAAAGUACCCCACAGAGCGAGAGCCUGGCGAGGGCAUUGACUCGGACCACAUCACUCCGUUUGGAUCCACAGACUCUGACAAAACAAAGAGGGCAGGAGAAAGGGGGAAAGGGGAGGAGAGGAAACGAGAGAAUGAGAGACAAGAUGAGGUAGAGUCGGUAGUAGAUGGCUGCAUCCCUGAAAAGGAUGCUUCCACCAAGGACAAAAACUCACUCAGCACACAGAGCUCUCUUUCUGACACAGACCACAGUCCCCACCACACCAGCUCCGCUGGCUCCGACACAGACUACGAGAGCGAGACCCUGUCCAGCCACUCCAAACCCCGAGCCCAGACCACCGGGGCUGAGGGAGACCUACAGAGGGAGAACAGAGAGCUGCGUUCAGAGCUGCAGGAUGUUAAGGAUGAGUUACAAAGGAGACUGGAGGAUCUGGAGACCCAGCGCAGAGCGGAGGCCGAGGCCAGGACCAGGCUCAAGCAGCUCAGCCGCAAACACGCCUCUCAGGCUGAGACCUCCAGAGAGAAGGAGAGGAGGGGGGAGUUAGAGGAGAGAGCAGAGACGGGAGGUUGAAGGAGGCACUGGCUGAACUUGAGAUAAAGGUCAGGAGAGAUGGAGAGGACAGGGAGAGGGGGGAAAAAGAGAAGGAGGAAAGGAAAGAGAGGGAGA